AUGUUUUUUCAGAUUUCAGAUGAUAGUCUUUUAGUAACAACCUCGCAAGGGACAUUACGAGGACAUAUAUUAACAAGUCCUGGAAAUAAAACAUUUAAGGCAUUUCAAGGAGUACCGUACGCGCAGCCACCUUUGGGGAACCUAAGAUUUCAGGCUCCUCAACCUCCACUAAAUUGGGAUGGUAUACGAGAUGCAACUAAAGACGGGAAUAUUUGUUUUGCUAUAACCUCAGAUUCCCCAGAGGAAAGUGAAGAUUGUCUCUUUCUGAACGUUUUCGUUCCCAUUUUGGACGAUGACAAUCAAUGCAAACUCUCUGUUAUGUUGUGGAUUCAUGGAGGUGGUUUUACACAUGGACAUUCCCUUUACAAUUCUACCGGUCCAGAUUACCUUAUAGAACAAGGAGUCAUUGUGGUAACCUUAACUUACAGGUUAGGUCCAUUUGGUUUCCUCUCUACUGGAGAUGAUGUAAUUUCAGGCAAUGCUGGCCUUAAGGAUCAGGCAGCCGCCAUUAAAUGGAUCUAUGAGAAUAUCGAAGCUUUUGGUGGCGAUAAAGAUAAUAUUACUAUUUCAGGACAAAGUGCUGGAUCAGCUUCUGUGGGAUUCCAGUUGUUGUAUAAAGGAAAUGAAGGCUAUUUUAGAGGUGCUAUUAUGGAAAGUGGAAGUCCAUUAAACAUGUGGAGUUUUUCCGUUGGAUUUGAUCCUAAAGCUUACGCGGUUGACUUAGCUCAACAAGUUAAUGCAACGAUCGAUGCAAAUAUUAGUUCUGCUGCUUUGCUUAACUUUUUGGUUAGUUUAGAUGGAAAGGAAAUAGAUACAGCAUCAACAAAAACAACCGUCUCAACUUCUGCAUUACCGGUGAUAGAGCCGGCAUCGCAAACAGCUUUUCUAACGGCUAGCCAGUACGAAUUACUUGCAAAGGGAGACUUUAUCCAAGUUCCUCUUUUGAUUGGAACUAAUUCUGAGGAAGAAAUUCAUCAAGGUCAAGAUUUAGAAAAACUGGCUAAAAAUUUGGAAAGUUACGAGAAAAAUUAUGAGAAAUUUAUACCAAAAAACAUGGAUUUAUCUGUUAAUGUUAAUAAAUCAUUGGUUUCAAAAACAAUUAGAGAUUUAUAUUUAGACAACGUUCCUGAUGAUUCAAAAAUGGGACAUUUAAUAAAGUACAUGAGCCACAACACCUUUACCAGAGCUGUCAUAAAACAUGCCACACUAGCCGUAAAUUACACCGCAGUUUACUUUUAUGUAUUCUCAUACGAUGGACCAUUAGGAAACGUAAAUAUUACGGUAAAAGGUGCCGACAAAAUCGAUCACGCUGAAGAUACGAAAUAUCUGUGGAAGAGAGUUGGUAAAGAUUAUUCUAACGACGAUCUAUCUAAAUAUCCUGCUAGCGAUGUCUUGGCUCACAACCGUUUGAUAUCACUAUGGACCAAUUUCGUCAAAUAUUUAACUCCUACACCAGAAAAGACAGAAUUGUUGCAAAACAUAACGUGGCCAGAGUAUGACAGCGAGGAAUACAGAUAUUUAGAUAUUGGAGAAAAUCUUGAAGUGAGGAAGAAACCUAAGAGGCCAUAUUAUGAUGCUUGGGAUCAGUAUUAUGAAGAAUGGGCUAGACAUCCGUUAAUAACAUUCUGAACCUGUCAAUUAGGAGCAAUUUGUAAACAUAAUGUCUGCUCGGGAAAAUAUUAUAUGAUAUUAUUAUUAAGACAGUCUGCUAUUUUGAUUUAAGGAACAGAAUAAUGAUUUAGUGCAAAAUUAAAG